AUGGCGGACGUGCUCAGUGUCCUGCGACAGUACAACAUCCAGAAGAAGCAGAUCGUGGUCAAGGGAGACGAAGUCAUCUUCGGGGAGUUCUUCUCCUGGCCCAAGAACGUGAAGACCAACUAUGUCGUUUGGGGGACUGGAACGAAAGGCCAACCCAGAGAAUACUACACAUUGGAGUCUAUAUUAUUUCUACUUAAUAAUGUACACCUUUCUCAUCCUGCUUAUGUCCGAUGUGCAGCUACUGAAAAUAUUCCUGUGGUUAGAAGACCUGACAGAAAAGAUCUACUUGGAUAUCUCAAUGGGGAAGCAUCAACAUCAGCCAGCAUCGAUAGGAGUGCACCCUUGGAAAUAGGUCUUCAGCGGUGCACUCAAGUCAAAAGAGCUGCAGAUGAAGUUUUAGCAGAAGCAAAGAAACCACGAAUUGAGGAUGAAGAGUGUGUGCGUCUUGAUAAAGAGAGAUUGGCAGCUCGUUUGGAAGGCCAUAAAGAAGGGAUUGUACAGACUGAACAGAUUAGGUCUUUGUCUGAAGCCAUGUCAGUGGAAAAAAUUGCUGCAAUCAAAGCCAAAAUUAUGGCUAAGAAAAGAUCUACUAUCAAGACUGAUCUAGAUGGUGAUAUAACUGCCCUUAAACAGAGGAGUUUUGUGGCUGCUGAGGUAGAUGUGACCAGAGAUAUUGUCAGCAGAGAGAGAGUGUGGAGAACAAGAGCAACUAUCUUACAAAGCACAGGAAAAACUUUUUCCAAGGACAUUUUUGCAAUUCUUCAAUCUGUAAAAGACAGAGAAGAAGGGCGUGCCCCUGAACAGCGGCCUGCUCCAAAUACAGCCCCUGUGGAUCCUACUUUGCGUACAAAGCAGUCUAUCCCAGCGGCCUACAACAGAUAUGACCAGGAGAGAUUCAAAGGCAAAGAAGAAAUGGAAGGCUUUAAGAUUGAUACUACGGGCACAUACCAUGGCAUGACACUGAAAUCUGUAACGGAAGGUGCAUCUGCCCGUAAGACUCAAAUUCCUGCAGCCCGGCCUGUACCUAGACCAGUUUCUCAAGCAAGACCGCCCCCAAAUCAGAAGAAAGGAUCACGAACGCCCAUUAUUAUUAUCCCUGCAGCUACCACUUCUUUAAUAACUAUGCUUAAUGCAAAAGACCUUCUACAGGAUCUAAAGUUUGUCCCAUCAGAUGAAAAGAAGAAACAAGGUUGUCAACGAGAAAAUGAAACACUAAUACAGAGAAGAAAAGAUCAGAUGCAACCAGGGGGCACAGCAAUUAGUGUCACAGCACCUUAUAGAGUAGUAGACCAGCCCCUGAAACUUAUGCCUCAAGACUGGGAUCGGGUUGUAGCUGUUUUUGUUCAAGGUCCUGCUUGGCAGUUCAAAGGUUGGCCAUGGCUUCUACCCAAUGGAUCACCAGUUGACAUAUUUGCUAAAAUUAAAGCCUUCCACCUCAAGUAUGAUGAAGUUCGUCUAGAUCCAAAUGUUCAAAAAUGGGAUGUAACAGUAUUAGAACUCAGCUAUUAUAAGCGUCAUUUGGAUCGACCAGUUUUCUUCCGUUUCUGGGAAACAUUGGAUAGAUACAUGGUCAAGCAUAAAGCCCACUUGAGAUUCUGAAUCAUUUGAUUCCUCCUUUUCUGCAAACUUGGUUUAAGAAGCAUGGAUAUAGCUUGAUCUACAGACUGAAACCCAAGCUUUAUGAAUUCAUCAAGAACUU